AUGCAGCAAAUGCGAAGCGCCUGGCGCAAGGCGCGCAGUGUGCGGGCCAAAGAAGGGCACGAGGAGCUGCAAGACGUGCUACUGAAGAUGCGUAAGCUUGGCCAGCGUGGCGACACGCUCAAGCAGUUCCAAGAGUCACCACUGGUGGCCAAGCUGCGCUCUCCCAUGCAGUUUCAUGGUCUGGGCAAUUUGAUAUAUAGUAAUGCCGAUGACAACGAGGAAGAGGUGCAGAAGGCGCUGCAUGUGUGGAAGACCGCAAUGGACCAGGGAAGUGACAAGGCCAAGUACAGCUAUGCGCUGUGCAUGAAGAAAGGCUCAGGUUUCCCGAAAAAAGACGUGAAAGGCGCUACUAAGCUCUUCAAGGAGCUAGCUGCUGCUGGACAUGGAUGGGGUGCUUUCGCGUACGCCGACGCUUUAAAUAGCGGUGAAGGCACGCGUAAGAACGAAAAGAAAGCUUUCGCGCUGUACAAAAAGUGCGCUGAGGUGGGUAUUCCGCCGGCUUACAUGAACGUAUGCAAUAUGUAUACCUACGGAACGGGGACGGAAAAGAACGAGGUGGAGGCUUUGAAGUGGUUGACUAAGGCGGCGGAAGCGGGUGACCCAGCUGCUAAGUCCCGGUUGGGUGAGUACUACCUGUAUGGCAAUGGUGGCGUGCAAAAGGAUCGGGCUCGAGCUGUUCAAUACUGGAAGGAGGCAGCAGCUGCGGGCGUCGUUAUGGCACAAUACAACUUGGGCAACCUGUUUCUUACUGGGGACGGGGUGCCACAGGACGCUUUGCAAGCUGAGGCUCUCUUUCGCGCAGCUGCCGAGAAGGGGUUCGUGAUGGCCAUGGUGAACCUCGCGCAGAUGUAUCGUAGUGGUUAUGGAAAGGUACCCAAGGACUUGGACACAGCGCGCAAGUGGCUAGAGCUGGCAGCGCCACAUGAUCCGAAUGCAAAAGAACUUUUGAAGGCGAUGGCAGAACCGACUGUUGUCAAAAGCUAA